AUGGCUGCAGCGGUGAACCCUUUGAAAAGCCUCCGAGAUGAAGCUACUUGCUCCAUCUGUCUGAGUUUCUUUAAGGACCCAGUGUCUUUAGAUUGCAGGCACAAUUUCUGCCGAGCCUGCAUCAGCCAGUGCUGGGAGGAAUCGGAUGCAGACAUCUCCUGCCCUCAGUGCAGAGAGACCUUUCCCCAGAGGACCCUAAGGUCAAACAGGCCACUGGCGAACGUCGUAGAAAUAGCCAAGCAGCUGACUUUCCAGGCAGCAGCAGGAGAAGAUUUGUGCAAGGUGCACCAGGAGCCUUUCAAACUCUUCUGUAGCCAGGACCAAAUACUCCUCUGUGUGAUCUGCAGAGAGUCCCAGGGUCACCGCGCUCACACUGUGGUCCCCAUAGAGGAGGCUGCCCAGUCGUACAAGGGACAAAUUCAAACCCGAUUGAACACUCUGAAGAAAGAGAGAGAAGAACUUUUGGAGUGGAGACAGGAUGGAGAGAAGCAAAGCCAGGAAUAUCUGGGAAAGAUAGAAGCUGAGAGGCAGAAGAUUGUGUCUGAAUUUGAGCAACUGCGACUCUUUCUGGAGGCACAAGAGCGACUUCUGCUGGCCCGGCUGGAAGAGCUUGACAAGGAGACUGUGAAGAUGCUGGAUGAAAAUGUCACCAAACUGUCUGAGGAGAUUUCUCGUCUGAGUGACUUGAUCAGUGAGAUAGAAAAGAAGUGUCAGCAGCCAACAAGUGAAUUCCUGCAGGACAUCAAAAGCACCUGGAGCAGGUGUGAGAAGUCGUUUCAGAAACCAGUGGCUGUGCCAAAGGACCUGGGAAAGAGACUUAGCGUCUCUUCCCAACGAAAUGUUUGUUUACAGGAGUCUCUGAAGAAAUUCAAAGAGUCCCUGCCCUAUCAACUGAGCUUUCUGAUAUCAAAGGCAGAGAAAGAGGUGCAGGCCACUCUGGAUCCAGACCUGGCAAAUCCCUGUUCUGUCGUGUCCACAGAUGAGAGUGUGAUACACGAAUACCAACACACAGAAUUUCUGGAGAAACAGAACAGGUUUUACCCUGCUCCCUGUGUGCUGGGCUCUAAGGGCUUCACCUCAGGGAGAUGUUACUGGGAAGUGGAGGUGGGGAACAAAAAUCAGUGGGUAUUGGGCAUUGCCAAACUGCCUGUGAUAGAUCAGGGAGUGAUAAGCCCUGUGCCAGGGGAGGGGGUCUGGGCUUUGGAGCAUACAACGAAUAAGUACUGGGCCCUCACCUCCCCUAAGUCCCCUCUGGACCUACUUUCUGGCCCCAGUAAAAUUGGGGUUUAUCUAGAUUAUGAAGGGGAGAAAGUUACAUUUUAUGAGGUUACAUUUUCUGGAAGAGAGCCAAUCUUUACUUUCACAGCCUCUUUCACUGGGAAAAUCAUCCCCUUCUUUGGGAGCCGGCAUGUAGAAUUUCAGAGUAGAAACAGACUUGAUCCCUGGUAUGCAUACCAUUAA